AUUUUAUCCCUGUGUUUAGGCAAUCCGACUGAUUCAAGCUUGUGUGGAUGUGCUCAGUUCCAAUGGAUGGCUGGCUCCAGCUGUUGCUGCCAUGGAAUUGGCUCAGAUGGCUACACAGGCUAUGUGGAGUAAGGACUCAUACUUGAAACAGCUUCCUCACUUUACUGGUGACAUGAUCAAGCGGUGUUCUGAGAAGAAUGUGGAGACAGUGUUUGACAUCAUGGAACUUGAGGAUGAAGAUCGUACUAAACUUCUUCAACUUACUGAUGCAGAGAUGGCUGAUGUGGCAAGAUUCUGUAAUCGUUAUCCUAAUAUUGAACUGAGCUAUGAAGUUGUUGGUAAAGACAGUUUGCAUUCUGGCUCUCCUGUCAAUGUAAAUGUGAGCCUUGAGCGUGAAGAUGAUGUCACUGGACCAGUCAUUGCUCCAUUCUUCCCACAGAAAAGAGAAGAAGGUUGGUGGGUGGUCAUUGGUGACCCCAAAACAAACUCCCUCCUGUCCAUCAAGAGGUUGACACUUCAACAGAAGGCCAAUGUCAAGCUGGACUUUGUGGCUCCUUCACCGGGUCAUCAUGCCUACACUUUGUACUUCAUGAGUGAUGCAUACCUUGGCUGUGAUCAGGAGUACAAGUUCUCCAUUGAUGUUGGAGAUUAUGAAAGCGCCA